ACGUUUGAGCCGGUCCAUGCUGGGUUUUCCUGCUGUUUUUUACGCCCAGACGAGAGCCAAUUGCUGAGCGGUAUCAGUGAGUAGCGGCCCUACAGCCCCCACUUCGCUGAGUCAUAGCCCUCUUAUUAGGAGCAAGCCGAUUUAUCCUCUGUCAGACAUUGUGAGGCUCUUGUUCCCACAAAACCAAGCAAAGAUGGCCAACACGAAUGCCGAACACCAAACGGGAGAACGCAUCGCGUAUCUGACGCGAGUUCAGUGCUUCAGCGCUUCUCAUCGAUUGCACAGUUUGGGAUUGAGUGACGAUGAAAACCAAAGAAUCUUUGGAAAAUGCAACAAUCCCAAUGGACAUGGACACAACUACAGAGCUGAAGUUACUGUACGAGGAAAGAUCAACAAAGUGACUGGUAUGGUUAUUAACCUGACAGACCUCAAAGAGUGUAUUGAGGAAGUGAUCAUGGUUCCCCUGGACCACAAAAACCUGGACAAGGAUGUCCCGUACUUUGCCAACGUGGUCAGCACAACUGAGAAUGUGGCGGCUUACAUUUGGGACGGCUUGGUGAAGAUCCUGCCGGUCGGAGAAAUGUACGAGGUCAAGAUCUACGAGACGGACAAAAACAUUGUGGUGUAUAGAGGGGAGUAGCACCGUACCGCCACCGGUCCAGUCACCUUACGAACAGAGUGCACCGUCAUAUUCCAUACACUAUUUUUUUAAAGUGCCAGGACUUUCGUCACUCUUCUGUGUGGGCGAAUGCAGAAGCGUGAAUUGUAAUCCCAAAUGAAAAGAGUGGGUGAAACUCUUCAUGAAACAAUCACACAUUUGUGCGAAACACACCUCAAACAAACACUGGAAAGACGAUGAAGCGGACAGACAAGAAGAACUAGCUGAUUUGGAUGAACUUGUUUUCAUUCAAGAGGUUUCAAACCUAUCAUGAAGAAAUUGCAGCUAAUGUAUGAAUAGACUAAUGCCUGCAGCCUCUGACAACAUAGUGAUAAAGGUUGAUUAUUGUUUAUUCAGUUAACUUUAUGACCUUUUGUUUGUGUGCAUUAUUUCUCAAGAAAUGUUCUCCUAUCUGAACGUCAGUUAACUAUUUAAUUGAUUAUGGGCCUAGCAGUCCCAACAGUUAAUUCUCUAGUUGGUCUAUUAACCGUCAUGUCACCCUGCAAAUUGCUGUUUAUUCAGUGUUCAAAUAAAUCGGUUUAAACUUCAAA